GUUUAUCACCAAAUAGGAACACCUGUCUGCAAAUAUUUAUGAUAAGGUUAAUUGAUAUCAGUGACCCUUGUUCAAUUGACCACAUUAUCUCGUCAAAAUUUAAGAAUUAAGUGGUCAAUAACAGAAGAGAGACAUGUUAAGGGUUAUUUUUCUGUUCCUGUUUCUAUCUCAAGAUGCUGCACAAGGUGCGAAGCGGAAAAGGCAGUUAUUUACCCCUGGUGGUAUGGGAUCUCCAACGUUUAAUGCUGAUAAGGUUAAUGCAAACCUAAUGGGGAGCUUUAAUCCAGGUGCAAUGAACCCAAACAUGGGUAACUUUGGUGGCAGUAGCAAUGGUUUUGGUAGUUUUGGAGGAUCAACCUCUGGUGGUUUUGGAACAGGUUCUGUUGGAUUCGGCACUGGAAGUGGAGGAUCAACUUCUAGUGGUUCUGGAACAAGUUCAGGUGGAUUCAGUACCGGAAGUGGUGGAUCAACCUUUGGAAGUUCUGGAACAGGGUCAGGUGCAUUCGGUACCGGAAGUGGUGGAUUCGGUACCGGAAGUGGAGUUUCAACAUCUGGUGUUUCUGGAACAGGGUCAGGGGGAUUCGGUACCGGAAGUGGAGGAUCGUCUACUGGCGGAUUUGGAACUGGUUCAAAUGGAUUCGGUACUGGAAGUGGAGUUUCAACAUCUGGUGUUUCUGGAACAGGGUCAGGUGGAUUCGGUACCGGAAGUGGAGGAUCAACUUCUAGUGGUUCUGGAACAAAUUCAGGUGGACUCGGUACCGGAAGUGGUGGAUCAACUUUUGGUGGUUCUGGAACAGGGUCAGGUGGAUUCGGUACCGGAAGUGGAGGAUCGUCUUCUGGUGGUUUUGGAACUGGUUCAAGUGGAUUCGGAAGUGGAGGGUCAACCUCUUUAGGUUCGGGAACAGGGUCAGGUUCUGGAAUUGGGUCAAGUGGAGGUGGAAGCGGAGGAUCAACCUCUGGUGGCUUUGGAACAGGUGGAUUGAGUUUUGGUAGUGGAGGAUCAACCUCUGGUGGUUUUGGGACAGGGUCAGGCGGAUUCGGUACCGGAAGUGGAGGAUCAAGUUCUGGAGCUUUCGGCACAGGUUCAGGUAGUGGAAAUAGUGGAAUGAUUAAUAAUGGAGGAUCUAGCUCAAGUACUGGAUCCGGAUCGAGCACAAAUUGGAAUGGUCAUUAUACAGAUGGAUCGAAAUCUACCAACAAUGGUGGAAGUUUAGCUACUCUUGUCUCUGGUACCGGAAACAGUUUAACUGGUGGCAGUAGUAGCAGUGGCGGUGGAGCAUCUGGAGGCGGUUCAACAUCUUCUGGAGGAACAUUCGGUAGCUCUGCAAGCGGAACAGCAGGUUCUGCAUUUGGAACCGGUGGUGGAUUUACCGGGUCUUUUGGAGGUUCAAACUCUGGUGUUGUAAGUAACUUUGGAAGUGGGACAAGCACAGGUUCCGGUAGUUCCAGUUUAAGUGGAGGUACAAGUACAGGUUCUGGAUCGUCAAUAAUAUCAGGAGCAGCAUCCUCGUUUGGAAGUGUAUCUGGAAGUGGAACUGGUUCUCUUACUGGAACAACAUCCACGGGAUCUAGUAGCUUGGCAAGCACGAUUUCAGGCGGGGGUAGUUUUGGCGGUGGAAUUGGAGGGUCGACUUUAGGUGGUAAAGUAGGAUCAUUCGUUUCUACAGGACAGGUGAAAGUUUAA